AUGUUACGAGACAGCGAAGCACGUGUUAAAGUUGAAGGCGACGAGCGAGAGAGAGAUGAGAUCGUGGUAAGGGUCCAGUGCGUUAACGAGAAGCAGCAGAAGAAUCUCGCGGAAUGCUGCCAGCGUCUGCUGCCAAAACUCAACGACGAAUUUGUGAAGCGGAUCGUUUUCAGCGAUGAGAAGCUCUUCUUGAUCUCUCCGUCAAUGGACAGUAAUAAGAUACGCAUAUGUACCACCCUAAAAAGGAGCUCAGCCCGAGCGGGCUGCAGUCACCACGCUCCAUCAGCCAGCGUGGCCCGAUGGUGUGGGCCGUGGGCCGGAGUCUCGUCGAACGGUAAGACGGAGCUGCUGUUCGUGGAGCCUGGGUUGAAGAUUAAUGCCGAGUACUACGUCCAAGAAGACAUUUUGCCGUCAUGUAGCCACCUUCAUCGUGACGGAAGCUUUGUGCCACAACAGGACUGGGCACAGGCCCAUGCAUCUAGGAAAACUCUCGCCUUUUUGGAUGCAAUGGGCGUGAUGUUCAAUUUUAGUAUUGUAUCGGCAACCUCACCAGUGUACAAAGGAAACCUCGCAAUGUGCCGUAUGGAUGCAGGAGACUUCGAUCCAAUGCACCCUUGCAAUCCUCAAAGUCCGUCCGAUUUUUAUUAUUGGGAAACGAACUACGAUGAUGGCACUGACGAUCGCGAUUCGAAUUCGACAUUCUACACUGUACAAGGAAAGUCAAACCAAUACGCUGUGAACUAUGUAUUCAAGCCUGUAAAGCCAGGAAGGUGA